ACGAGCAGGGGCCAAUCGGCGGCGGCGCUGCCGGAGAGUGCUGGCUCCUUUACACCCAGAUAGGGGGGGGGAACGACUGAAUAAAAGGAAACCGUGCCAGUGAGCCUGUUAUGACCACAAAACCUCACGGAGGAGCCUAGAGCCGCCGCCAUUGGAUAUUUCCUCCGUGUUUCCUCGUUACUCCGUCGCGCCUCGCUGUGGAUCACCGUGCGCGGCCGUGGGCGCGCGGACUGGAUCAGGCCAUGGCCCUAACAGAUUGAAUAGCUCGGAAGAGGAGGGGGCUGGAGGCGAGACGCGCACCGUGGAGACAGUUUAUGGGGCAUUGUGCGGGAGAAAAAUGGUGGAUUAUUUGUAUUGUAUCAUAAAAAGCCCCCCCCGCCUGGAUACCCUGCCAUAAGACACUGUUAGGGGCAUUUCGGCGCCUGUCUACAGUAACUCAGGUCGUGUUCUAGUGGUUGGUAGGUAGGUAACCCCCCCCCCCCCCCCCCCCUUCUGCUCGAUCCGAACGACCUUAUCUAUUUCUAUUUUUUGUAAACAUAUAUAUAUAUAUAUAUGUGUGUGUGUGUGUAUAUGUAUGUAUAUAUACAUGAAGGAUUGUUGUAGCGGGUCGACGCCUUCGCCCUCCCCCCCCUGAGAGGAACAUUGGGAAACAAUAAAGUGUUGGAUUACUGAACUAUGGAUUUCAACGGCGGCGGCGGCGGGGGGGGGGCCAACGAGCUGCACAACAACCAGUUCUAUCAGUGCGAGGAGAACAAGCCUCUGCUGGGGGAGAUGUCGGAGGGCAACAAUAACACCAAGCUGGGCCAGGCCGGGCCGGGCAAGAGGUCCCUGCACCACUGCAGCAGCAGCGGGAUGCGAUACAAGCUGCUGCACGAGGGGGACAUCCAGGUGUGCGUGGUCAAACACCCCCGCACCUUCCUCAGCAAGAUCCUCACGUCCAAGUUCCUGCGGAGAUGGGAACCCCACCACCUCGCGCUCACAGACAGCAGCCUGACCUCGGCCACCCCCACUGGUUAUAUGGAGACGUCAUUGUCCUACAGCUCUAUAGAGGACCUGCAGCUCCUCUCAUGGGACAAUGCUCCAAAGUACUGUGUCCAGCUCAGCUUCCCUGGGGGGACCGUCCUGCUGCAGGCUGCAAACAGCUACUUAAGGGACCAGUGGUUUCACUCCCUUCAGUGGAAGAAAAAGAUCUACAAGUACCGCAAGGUCCUGAACAACCCGAGUCGCUGGGACGUGGUGCUGAAGGAGAUCAGAGCGCUGGUGGACAUGGCUCUGACCUCCCCGCUGCAGGACGAGUCCAUCCACCAGGCUCCUCUGCACAUCAUCUCCACCCUGCUGGCUGAGAACUCUAACCUCAGCACUCAGGAUCAUGAGAACAUCAUCGUUGCCAUUGCUCCUCUUCUAGAAAACAACCAUCCGCCACCUGACCUGUGCGAGUUCUUCUGUAAGCACUGUCGGGAGCGGCCGCGGUCGAUGGUCGUGAUUGAAGUGUUCACGCCCGUGGUCCAGAGAAUCCUCAAACAUAACAUGGAUUUUGGAAAGUGCCCUCGACUGCGUCUCUUCACUCAGGAGUACAUCCUGGCUCUCAACGAGCUGAAUGCUGGGAUGGAAGUUGUCAAGAAGUUUGUCCACAGCAUGCACGGGCCAACGGGGCAGUGCCCUCACCCACGUGUCCUGCCUAACCUCGUGGCCGUUUGUCUCGCCGCCAUCUACUCUUGUUAUGAGGAGUUCAUCAACAGCCGGGACAACUCCCCCAGCCUGAAGGAGAUCAGAAAUGGCUGUCAGCAGCAGAAUGAUCGCAAACCCCCAAUGCCGCUACGUCUGCUACGCCCAGACCCUCCAACGCCCCCUCCCGCCACCCUCUUACCCCUCUCCACCAACUCCAGUCCUCCUCAGCCACCUCCGCCCGCCCCCCCUUCAAACCCCGCCCCGACAAUUCCCAUCUCCUCCCCGACGCCCUCCCUGCCCCUCUCCCCUCCUCCAUCUGUCGUCAACUCCAGCGAGAUCCUGGUGGAGCUGGAGCGAAACAACAACUCGGCCAACACCAGACGGAAGGGCAAGCAGCCGGGGGGGGACAGCGAACCCAACCUCAUCGACUGUCUGCUGGUCAGCCCGGCCGUCAACACUCUGUCCAUCCAGCUCCCAGCGCAGGCCGACAGAGUGCUGGGCUGCUUCGCUCUCAUCCUCCAGAUGCUAUCGGACUACGAUGACUGGAGACCUGCUCUUGCCAGCCUGUUGCAGCCCAUCCCCUUCCCUAAAGAGGCCCUUGCACAUGCCAAAUUCACAAAGCAACUGAAAUAUGUUAUUCAGAGGUUUGCUGAGGACCCGAGGCAGGAGGUCCAUUCCUGCCUACUCAGUGUGCGUUCAGGUAAAGACGGCUGGUUCCAGCUCUACAGUCCAGGGGGCGUGGCCUGUGAUGACGAUGGAGAGCUGUUUGCCAGUAUGGUUCAUAUCUUGAUGGGCUCCUGCUAUAAGACCAAGAAGUUCCUGCUCUCUCUGGCUGAAAACAAGCUGGGGCCCUGUAUGCUGCUGGCCCUCCGUGGGAACCAGACCAUGGUGGAGAUCCUGUGUCUGAUGCUGGAGUACAACAUCAUUGAGAAUAAAGACACCCAGCUGCAGAUCAUCUCCACCCUGGAGAGCACCCAGGUGGGCCUCCGCAUGUACGAGCAGCUCUGCGACCGGCAGAGAGAGCUCAAAGAGCUGCAACGGAAAGGAGGCCCCACCCGGCUGACUCUGCCUUCAAAGUCCACGGAUGCAGACCUUGCCCGCCUGUUGAGUUCAGGUUCUUUUGGGAAUUUGGAGAACCUGAGCCUGGCCUUCACCAACGUCACCAGUGCCUGUGCCGAGCAGCUCAUCAAGCUGCCUUCACUCAAACAGCUCAACCUGUGGUCCACACAGUUUGGGGAUGCAGGGUUAAGGUUGUUAUCGGAGCAUCUGGCCUGUCUUCAGGUUCUGAACCUGUGUGAGACUCCCGUCACUGAUGCUGGUCUGCUGGCUCUCAGUUCCAUGAAGAGUCUGUGCAGUCUGAACAUGAACAGCACCAAGCUCACAGCUGACACAUACGAGGACCUCAAGGCCAAACUGCCCAACCUGAAAGACGUGGAUGUUCGGUACACCGAGGCCUGGUGAUCAACCACGCUCAACCACAACCCUCACCCAUAACCAGACACACACACACACACACACACACCGCACACAGGCUCAGAUACAGUACAUGACAACUGUGUAGUGAUGUCACCUCCAUCGUCGGCCAUCAUUUGGCCAGGAACGCUGACCUCAUCCCAGCGCGAGGAUCACCGGAUGUAACAAGAACAUCUCUGACACGUGCAUCAGAGAAGCAGCCUUCAUCAUCAUCAUCAUCAACGCCUGUAGAGACAACUGUCUCACCCGCAUCACUUUUUUGUUUUCUAAAUGAGACAUCUUUGUGGACCUCGCCGCUCCCCUUACCCUCUGGGAACCGUAUGAUUAGAGGACAUGCAAGGAGCCGUUAUAUUAGACAUAAGGGACACUUUUCUCCGUCUUUCUGCGUCUUUUGCCCCCGUCUUUCAUAUAUGGUCCCUCAGUUUUCAGAUUGGGUCUAAGUCCAGCUCUCUAGCCCGCCUCUUUGUGUCUGUGUCGAGUGGAAAAACCUGAACCCUCGUCUCUUUUUCUCUCUCCAGCCCAUGUGUGAUUGAAGGCCUGGACACAGCAGCUCACAUUCCAGUUCUUCUCCAAAAUGAUCGCCCAUGUAGCUCUCCAGAACAGACACGUUGACCUGUUGACUUUCAUCAGUCCUCGCUCGGAAUCGGCCUCUCUGACUUUGGUUUUCAGGUUCCGAUUCUGGUCUCUUCAAGUCUUUCAUUUGGGAAAAUGAGGUGCUACCUCUGAGAAAAGAAGAGUUGCAAGACUGUGCCUAUUCCACUUACAUGACAUGUUCUUUCACACACACACACACACACAUGCGCGCGCACACACACACACACACACACACACACACACACACACACACACACACACACAAAAUGGAAGAAAAAAAAAGGUUUUUAUCAACUUGAAUGGACAUAUUUUUCCAGACAUCUGUGCUUUCAUAUAUUGUGUGUUUCUAAAUAAAGACAUAUGUAUGAAGAUAACCCCAGUGAUGACAUUUCAGAAACAUUGCGGGAACUCUGCUAAACAGCGAUGGGAACAUUUGUUUCCUUUUUCAUUCGUUUUCAGUGUACAUACUGAGGAUCUCCCGUUACUAUUUAAUAAGACAGUUGUGUAGCAGUAGCUGGGCGGUCUGGGACUGCCGAAUAUUUAUAAUUUGUGUCUUUAAAAUCCUCCUUUAUCUCUCCUGGAUUAGGUCCUGACAGUAAUGAAGUACACAGGCCCUGUUGUCUUAUUUUUUAACUUUUUUUUUUUGCCAACCAAGAAGGCCACCAGACCUGGAUGUCUGUGUACCAUGCCAUGGUGGUGCCGGAGACCUGUGGAGGGGACUGCAGGCCUUCUAAAGGUGGACCUGGAAACAAGACCCAUCACCAGCUGACAGUUGGAUAUUUUCAUGUCCUCCGCUAUAUUUGGCUCUUUAUAAGACGGUUUCUGAAAAGCAGAAAGGACACAUGCCAAACAUCGUCAUCGGAUUGAGUUUUUUGGUUUUGUGCACACUUGUUUCUUCAGGCCAACCCGAGUGGGGUUUCAGUUCUGCUCGGUGUAUCACGUGGAACCUGUCCCGCCCUGCCUGUGGACACUGACCCCCACCCCCUGCUGAGGUCAGGGUAAAGUGGAGCUGUGGAGGCCUACUGUUAUCUUUCUUAUCCGUCACACCGCCUAUUUGAAUUGUCCUGCUGUAUUUCUAUUAGGCCAUAAUACAUGGGGACACAUUCAGGCUGAUGAAUCAUUCUCAUCACAGGAUGGAACUGAAUUAUUGUACAUAUUCUUUUACAAUGGGCUAUAAGGGACAAAAGAUCGGGGGGAACGGGCACCUUUCUGCCACAUUUGCCCCAUCUACAUUCCCUUAACAUGUUGCCGUGGGUUUCGGCCCUGAUUCACUUCCCGUCUGUCCGCGUCUCUUCUUGCUCUCUGGGUAGCUGUGGGUGGGGGUUGGAAACACAAGACAAGUCCGAUUUCCACCCUUCUUUUCCAGUCGACCUCGUUCUGACUGCAUCCAUCCAUUUUAUUUAUUCGAGUCGACCCCCAGAAUGCUCCAGAUGUUUGGAGUGUCGAGGCAGGAGCUGCAGCGGAGGACAAGACGCCGUCCACUAUCAGAUGCUCUGUUUCCUAUUUAUUGGGUGCCAUGACGGUUUGGCCUGUAGACCCGGUCUGUGCACAGCCGUCUUUGGGCUUGGCUUUAGGACCUCAUGCUCUCUUUCAUAUCCUGUAUGAUGUAUAUACGAUUGUACAUAGGCGUCUUCUCUUUGAACCAUUUUGAACUGUCCCCGUUUUGUCUUCGUCAUCCUGUUCUCUGUUUCUCUGGGCCUCCCUCGUCGGCAGGCUGCUGUUGCCUUCAUCUUCUCGAUGUGUGGUUGUUGUUUUUUCACACAAAGUGCACUGUAAUCUAACAAAUUCUGUUUUCAUGUCUUUCAAGUUUCCGACAUCUUUGAUUUGAUCACUUUAAUCCAACGUUUGUUUCCUGUGUCCUCGUUGUUUCAUUUUUUGCAUGUACAUGUCGCUGCCUCAUCUGGUAUUUUAUUUUGUAAUUUUGUUUUAUAAAAGGUCUGAAAUAUGAUAAAGGGUCUGAUCACUAUCUCACUGAGGUUAAGGACUGAAAUGGAGAGAUCCCAUUUAAAGAUUUUCUGAUUGGUUGUUGCCAGGAUCUGCCCAUAUGUCCCGACGGAUCCUAUUGGUCGAUAAAGCCAAUACUGGUACUGUUGGACUGAUGCUACUCCUAGCUGAGAUUUAAUCGUUACGUUUGUCUGUUUUCAUUUAUGAAAUAAUAAUGCUGCCAGAUAAUCAUAUCACAGGUGGACCACACUGACUGACCGUCAUCAAAUCAUCACUUUACUGUACUUUGGUUCUAUCCCCGAUGUUUUAGAACAAUAGUUUGACAUUUAGGAAAAUAGGCUAGAAAUAAAAAUAGGCUGAAAGACUGCUGAGAUUUCUAAUGUCAUGUCCAUAUCCAUUUAAUAUGAAGCUACAGUCAGCAUCCGCUUAGCUUAGCUUAGCUUAGCUUAGCUUAGAAGAAAGAUUGGAAACUGUCCCAAGCUAACCAAAUCCUAUCCGCAUCUCUAAAACUACCAAAUUAUGUCCUGUUUUGUUUAAAAAAAAAAAAAAAAAAUGUAAAAAAAUAGUCUGGUUGCCUGGUAACCUCACAGUGAUGACAAGGCUCAGGAAGUCAAUGCACCAAUCCAAGGAACAGCCCGGCACGCGAGCCCUGGAAUGUGUGUGUGUGUGUGUGUGAGUGUGUGUGUGUGUGUGUGUGAUUUAGAGGUGCUGGUAAGGUUACCUUGGAACUUGUUCUUUGCGUUGCGACAGUCACGUGAUUGGGCUGCGUCCGCUGCUUAGCGCCGCCCAGGAUGAUUGUGAUUGGUUAACAGGCCUCACAAUACGACGUCAUCCCGAUACUUAUGUCAUAAUACUAUAUUGUUGUGAUUUAAAACACAUUGCAAUAUUCUUUGAAGUAUUGCAAUUUGUAACCUUUUUUCCAACUUGUUUCCCAAUUUCAAAUGAUGUCCCCAAAAGGAAAUUAUGUCAAAUUAUGUAAAAAGAAACAUUUCUCUGUUUGUUCAUCUCACUUUAAUUUGAUUGCUGCAGAAUGGGACAAACUGACCACCACAUAUUUAUUAAUAGAUCUAUACUUACUACUACGUACGGGCACUGAAAAAAUAUCCAGAUAUUAUGCUGCAUCAAUUUUAUUCCCCCACUCCUAUUAGUUUAAAAAGUGCCAGAGCAGAUCCAGGAAUGUGGUGUGGACUAGGCAGACCUUCCUCCGCGGGGCUGUGGAGGACGGUCUGGACGUGCCAGACUACUUUCAGACAAAGCCUGUUUCCAGUCCUAAUGCUAAGAUAAGCGAACUUACUGCUGGCGUUAAUCUCCUCAUCCAGUUUGGCAUGAAACAUUUUUCCUGGGGGGGGACCGGACCGGGUCACUGAACUCAUGCUACAGUUUGUAGGCCGUGAUGAGCUGCUGCUUGUCCCACCCACGUGGAAGGUUUCUGUGCUGCUGUAGAACGUGUUCUGUUUCCUGUGGCGCUCCCUGUGCCCCCCCCCCACCCCCCAUGUUGGCUAUAGUUUAGAGUUUCUCCCAUGUCCCAGAUGUGUGCAGCUGUGCUCCAGGCUUUACUUAUUACGGAAGGAGAGGGUCAGCUGUGACACAGCCCGACAAAUCUGACAAAACUCUAUUUCCCAGAAUUCCUUAUUAGUAAAAAUAUUUUUUGGCAGCUGGGAAAGGGCACCCAUCAUGUUUCUCUCUGUUUUCAGUCUUUCUCCGCAUUGAUCUGCUUCUCCCGCUUGGUUAUGAUUAUUAUUAUUAUUAUUAUUAUUAUUGCUGCUGCUCUGUGGCUGUUGUAAUAAAAAUUCAAAAGAUCUUCAACAGGAAAAAUAACAACUAUGAUGUGAAAUAAUUUCAAUCAAAAAUAAAAUGUCUGUGAAUAUG